AUGAAUGCGUAUCCUGUGGUAUAAAUUGCGAUAGUUGUGACUCUAAAGGAUACUGCAACUUUUGUAUGGGAGAUCCUUUACAAUAUUAUUUAUCAAUAGAUGGAAGAAAUUUUAUAGAAAAUAAUAUUGAAAAUUAUAGAUAUUGUUUCUAAUAUGUUAUUAUUUCAGAAUAAUAUUAUAUAAAAUUAGAUAUUAAUUUCCAUAUAUACAAUUUUAAUUCAAAUUGAGUUAAUUUUAGAUGUGCACUAUGUAAUCAAAAUUAAAAUUAUAACCAAUGUAAUUAACAAUGUAAAUUAAAAUUAAAUAAUAAUAAUUGUGGAUUUGCAGUUUUUUUAGAUUCUACUUUAAAAUAAUCGUGUAGAAUUAGCCUGA